AUGAAAUCCCACGCAACACGAGAUGCGUUCCGCGAACUUCUGCCCGGCGUGCGGUUCAAAAUGUACCGGGCGCACCCCCUGCUUUCGAUACCUCAGUUUGCGCACAACCUUUUAUCUCCAUACACCAUCGCUCUCCCUCUUCCUCUCGUCUUCCCUCUAUCUCUGACUUCCUUGCUUGAGCGAAAAAAAAUGAAAUACUGGUCUGGUGACGAAGUCGGUGCGCGGAGUUACCUCGGACUUGGUGGAUCUGACACAUUGUUCGAGGAGACAUCGAGCUGGCUCUAG